UUUUUCCCGACUACGUGUUCUUCAAUUCGUCCGUAACAUGCCUUCAGAAAUUCACUCCUUCCUCCGCCUUCUCUUUCCAAUAUCCCCUUUUCUCAAUGUUGCAGUAUACUGUCUUCUCUGGCUGCAAGGCAAACUAAGUGUUCGGGCGCAACGCUUAUUGUUGCGCGUCCUGGCUGCCGGACCUAUCCCCCAACAUGUCGCCUUCGUUAUGGACGGCAACAGGAGAUAUGCCCGUAUGAAUCACAAACAAAUAUCCCAGGGCCAUGCAGAAGGAUACGUCGCGUUGAGGAGGAUACUGGAGAUAUGUCUUCGCCUGAACAUCAAAUGUGUCUCGGUGUAUGCGUUUGCCAUCGACAAUUUUAAGCGCUCAGAAGAUGAAGUGCAAGCUCUCAUGGCGCUGGUGCAAGAGAAGCUCUCGGAACUCUGUGAACACGGAGACCUGCUCGAGGAAUAUGGCGUCCGGCUCAAUGUCCUCGGGAACAGAGAGCUCCUGCCGGACUCCGUGAAAGAGGCGGUAAGAAAGGCGGAGAACAUGACAUGUACACAUAACCGGUCCAUCCUGAAUAUAUGCAUGCCGUAUUCAUCUACGGACGAGAUGGCUGCCGCUGUUCAAGCUUGCGUGAAGAAAGCGCUUGCGAAGGACGACCUAGACUUACGAAUAUCGACCCAGGAUGUUCAAGAUAACCUCAUGACGAGCAAGGCCGGGAGCCCGCCGUUAGACAUUAUGAUUCGAACCAGUGGUGUCAAGCGUCUCAGUGAUUUCCUCUUGUGGCAGUGCUGCGAAGAUACGCAAAUCCAAUUUUGUUCUGCAUACUGGCCUGAUUUCGGACUCUUCGACUUCGUUCCGAUUAUAUUGGACUUCCAGCGCAAAGCUUGGUCUAUGUAAUGUAGAGUAAUAUAUGGUUUGAUCCAUCUGGACUCCCUGUCAAUUUCGGGACAUACUUAUACACUGCUUGCAAU